AUUUGCACAGGUACCAGGGCCGUUUCCAGAGCAACGAGAGAACGGCUGUUCAAAAGGGCGUGAUCGAAGGAGGAGGACUUGGAGCAGAGCCAAGAGAAUUAGAGAGUCCCUUGUCGGGGUGUAAAGUCGUAGACAGAGCCACCAAUUGGGUGAGCGGAUGGUAAAUCGGGGCGUGUCAUCGGACUUACCUCCGGGCAGAGCCGACUUGGAAGGAAGGAACAAAAACCUCAGAGAUGAUGCUGAGGGACCUUGUAGAUCAAUGAACAAACAGGUGACGGAUGUUCCAGUUGAUUGUUGGGCAAAUUCGAGGCCAACACGACCUCUCAUUUAAGUGAAAGUCUCAUUCCAGGUGUGACUCCCCAGAAAACCAGCUUUUCCUGUGGGUCUCCUUAUACAACAACUUCUAGCCGUCAUCAUAUAUACAGUACGUGUUGCAAUCUUUACAGCCCUUCAUUCCCAGACAAAACAUACUGUUGUUAGUUCUGGUUGUCUCUUUUCUUUCCUUCGGUCUUUCUUCCUCCCCCACAUCUCUCCCUCUUCUUCUCUCUCCAUUUCUUUCCCUCCCUCUCCUCUUGCCUCUCAGCGUGUUGCCUGGGUGAGGCAGGUGGUGAUUAAUGGUAAUUAUAAGGAUGCUGCUCCGUGGUGCACUGUCAACUCCCUCACAACAGAAUGGAAGGAGUGUAGGUGGGAUGCAUGUAGGUGUGAGGGUCUGAGGAACAAGAGAGGUUUUGUGAAAUGAGCAGUAAUUAUGUUCAGCAAUGAAUGGAAUAUGAUCUGAAAGGAUAGGCAAUAGAGGCACAGGGUCGAGUGGGGAUGGGAGGGGUGAGGAGAAAACAAGCAGGGUAGAAAAUUCAGUAAUCAAACUGACAUGCCAGGUGAAAAUGUUCAGGUUUUCAGAACUAUGGGGCUCCAAUUGCACCCGACAGAAAGACUGUGUAGCCACAGGGUUGAACCAACAGACCAUGUUGAAAUCAUGAUUGAUCCCAUGUGUCCUUAAUAGUACUGUUCCAUGUCCCCGAGCUCACUCAAAGAGCAAUGGGUAAUUAGAGGGCAAAUUUCAUUCAGUUAACGGCAUUCCCUUCCUGAGUCAAUGUUAAACCACAUUACUGCGUGUAAGUUUCAGGAUAAUACUGCCUAGAUCUUCUAUUUACUGCACUCUGUACUGUUGCACUAUUUUCAUUGUCUUAACCAGGACUGUUGUCAAAGCCACCUGAUGCACUAGCCUUGCCUCUUGGGAAAGAGGCUACUGAGCAAACCAGACUGUGCUGUCCUCCCGCGGCUGCUGUAGAUGUCAGGCAAGAUGGCUGCCGACUCACCCGUGAGGACAGAGCAUGAGGAGCUGCAGAGGAGGGCCAACCAGGUGACAGAUGAGUCCCUGGAGAGUACCCGCCGUAUGAUGCAGCUAGUAGAGGAGAGCAAAGAUUCAGGAAUCCGGGCCCUGGUCAUGCUGGACGAACAAGGAGGUAAUGGAAUGGACGUUAUAUAAUCGUUUUCUCUCAUUGGAAGAUGUGGACAUAACAUCAAGGUCAAUCGUACAACAGCAACCUUAGAUGGUCCUUGUUCUUGUAUAUAUAUCCAUAAGUGAGUGCUCAUGUUUUUGUCAGUAUACUAGAUGUGUGUAAGCUAUGUGUGUGUUUGCUUUUGUGUGUAUGUACUGUAUGUGUGUGUUCCCUUCUGUGUCUCUCCUAUCCACCCUGCUCAUGCUCCCCACCUUCCCCAUAUGGCCAGAGCAACUGGACCGCAUCGAUGAGGGAAUGGAUCAAAUCAACAAUGAUAUGAAAGAGGCUGAGAAAAACCUAACAGACAUGGCCAAAUGUUGUGUCCUGUGCAUCUGGCCCCGCAUCAAGUAGGUCUGGCCUGCUCUGAGGACAUCUGUCAUCUGUGUGUCACCUGAGUGCCCGCCAGGCCAACCCGGCAACUAGACUGUCUGUCUGUCCAUCCAUCCAUCCGGCCUCUGCUCCAGGCCAUGAUUUAUUUUGUUUUGUGUUUUGCUCCAUUGUGAGAUUGGGUGACUAGAAGUCUGCACCAAAGUUAACCACAGGAAAAUGAUGGUCAUGUCCCAAAAUAUGUGUGUUUUACAAACGGUACAUCUUCUACCCACACAAUACCAGGCAUUUUAUGGACUUGUGCGGACCAUUAUUAAAUCAUUUGUGUCCUGUUCUCAGUUUUGGAGUUUGCACCAUAUUUGCUCAAUUGCAUUAUAUUUGACCGCCGGCUUUUGUCAGUUGGGGGCUUUGGUGAUAGAACAGUUUUGUGUUAUAUUACAUUCUCCCGACUUUCCUCCACCUCUCCCAUUCCUACCCUUCCCUCACGUUUUGCGUUGUCCAGAGCAACUGGAGCGGAUUGAGGAGGGCCUGGACCAGAUCAACUCGGAUAUGAAGGAGGCUGAGAAGAACCUCACAGACCUGGGCCAAUGCUGCGGUCUGUGCUCCUGUGAUAAGCUGAAGGACUUUGAGGAGAGUGGGGCCUAUAAGAAGGUGUGGGGGAACAACCAGGAUGGGGUGGUGUCCGGCCAGCCGUCCUCACGCGUGGUGGAUGAGAGAGAGCAGAUGAUCAUGAGCGGAGGCUACAUACGCAAGGUGACAAAUGAUGCAUGUGAGGGUGAGAUGGAGGAGAAUCUGGGACAUGUAGGCAGCAUCAUAGGCAACCUGAAGAGCAUGGCACUGGACAUGGGCAAUGAGAUCGACACUCAGAAUGUCCAGAUUAACCGCAUUCAGGGCAAGGCCAUCCACAAUGUAUACCGCAUUGAUGCUGCCAAUCAGAAAGCUAACAAUCUAAUGAAAAGAUAAAGAGGAAGAUUGUCCUUCUCUGCUGUGCGAUCUUAUCUACUCCCUGUCUGUCUUUCUGUGCCAAUAUGCGUCCAGUGACCAUCCACCCACAUAGAAAACCUGCCAAAUGAUUGUGUAUGCCGUAUCAUAAAUCCGGAGCAGCAGGGUACACAUCAUUAUUCAUACCUGGCUCUAGAUUGACCCUAGCCUGUUUGCCAGUCUCUGCCACAUGACGAAGAGUACAAGGAGUGGAAUGCUACCGAGACUUGUACCCAGAUAGCCUGGAGACCACACUGCUGCCAUCUGUUGGCUAGAUUGUUUUCUGAAAACUAGAAGCACACCCUCUCCGCUCUUUCACCAUCCUCCGCUAUCCUUCCUCCUUCAUGCAGAAUGGAGCACCAGUGGAAUUGGGUUGCUAUGCUUGUUGUCACCAGGAAGACUAAAGUAAAUAGGAAUAGGAAUCAACAUUCGGUGUCUGCUUCGCUUUUAACACGUGAAUGAGGUUUGCCUGUCAAUGAUGACUAUAGUUUUUAAAAUGCACUUUAUAGCUCAGUUUUCGUUUUUAUUUAUUUAACUCAACAGUUACAUGACGGUAAACAUAUUCUCCCAUGUAGGCUGUGUUGAGAUUGUGAACUGGAUUUAACAUCUACAUGUGUCUAGCAAUUGAUAUGUUUUAGUUUUGAUUAGACUAUAUUAGCGCUUCAAUAUAGCUGAUGUCAAACUUGGUUUCCAUCACACAAUUUCCUAAUUGUCAUAACAUCAAGUAGACUCACACCCCCUCCCCCUAUUACAUCCCUCUGAUGUUGUGGUGUUCAACUAUAUAAUUUUGUAUACAAGAUAAAUAUGGACUUAUAUUGUAAUUCUGUACAUAAAAUAUUAAAAUGCAUAAUUAUUUAUGUUAACACAGGUAUGUUUUUGUUACAUAGCUAGCUAGCUACGGUUAAUUUGAGAGUAAAGAAACCAGAUUGCAUAGACCGCGUGGCCUAAUGGAUAAGGCGUCUGACUUCGAAUCAGAAGAUUGAGGGUUCGAGUCCCUUCGUGGUCGUUUAAUUUCUUAAAUCUUACUUAUUGAAACAGGUUCCCAAUGUGAUUACAUAGGUAACGUGUCGUGUUUCUUGUAGCCCAGGAAAGGAAGUAUCUCUGACAUAUAACGUAUACUUUGUUUUAGAUUGACUAGUAUACGAUUUCCGCUCCUGUACGCUAUUUUCUUAUAAUAAAGUAGCCUAGUAUUGAAAGCCUUCGUGUGUUUUAGUAGCAACAUGACUUGGUUGAGAAAUGUCACCACGUGUUGUGUACUCGUUCAACCCAUGAAUGUGCGUUAUUCCGUAACAACUGUAGCAGUGAUUGAUGCACGUUGAACUGUAAUGUGGCCAUUCCUGGCGUCAUACCAAAUUCCUGUUCUGGUAAGAGUUCGUACAUGUUGCGCUCGUGGCCGCCGUGGGUCAUGGAAAAAGCGCGAUCAGAGUCUGCGCAACUCAGCAUUCUUCUCGUCGUCUGUGCGAAGUUUAUGAAGCUACACUGCAAGAGGAGGAAAAAAAAAAACAUUCGUCAAUAUUGGUAAUUCCUGCUAUAUCCAAUGAAA